GCUCAGAAAAAUAUCAGCAAGGCUGAUAAGAAAAAGAAGCGCAGGAGGAAGGAGAGCUACGCAAUCUACAUUUACAAAGUCUUGAAGCAAGUGCAUCCUGACACUGGAAUCUCCAGCAAAGCCAUGAGCAUCAUGAACAGUUUCGUCAACGACGUCUUUGAACGCAUUGCGGCCGAAGCAUCUCGUCUGGCUCAUUACAACAAACGUUCCACUAUCACGUCUCGGGAAAUUCAGACUGCUGUUCGUCUACUGUUACCUGGUGAACUUGCCAAGCACGCUGUCAGUGAAGGCACUAAGGCUGUCACCAAGUAUACCAGCUCCAAGUGAACAUGCAAUCACUAUUAUAAACCGGCCCUUUUAAGGGCCACAAAUAUUUCAAACGUAGGAAAUUCCUCAUUUACACUAUAAAAUCCCCUUUCUCUGUAUUACCAUAAAUUCUGCACAAUUUGAUGUUUGAAGUAUUUGCAUAAUAUGCUCAAGUUUGAUGAAAAUAGUUUAUGAAAGUACCGGCGUAAAAAUUUUGGCACAUCUUUAGAUAAAACUACAUAACGAGAAAGUGUGAUAUGCAUUAUUAUAUCAAAUUAGAAAAUAUUUUCUUGUAGGGCUACUAAAAUAAAAACUAAGUCUGUAGUCAGGUUAAAUACAUUUAUUACACGAUGUGGCUCUAACGAGGAACGGCGACUAACUGCUUUUCCUCAGUUGCUUUUCUAAAAAGGAAAACUGCUGU